GUAAUAUAAUAAACCAGCUCACUUCCUCUGGCAAUCGCAGAAGUGGCGGAAGUACGUCAGUUUGCUAGACUCCGAGCAUUUACACUUCGCAGUGCGAUUUCUGACGAGCAAGAACAGAGAGAAGAGGAGAUGUGAAUCAUCCGCUGUCUCUUUAAAGCCACUUAGCGAAGCUUCACGUAUUCCGACAAACACGCCGACGUCUUUCCCUUCAGCCGCAGCGCGCGGGCAGCGUUCAGGAAUGGACGCGUUCAACUUACUCUCUGCUGGAUAACGAACUCUUUUCCUGGUUGGAUAUGAUUUGUUUUUGCUGGGUUGUGUGCUGAAGAAGGAUCUUUGGGGGAUAUAAGAGCGUUUUCAGCUUGACGCGGACCGUGCUGUCUCGGAUGGUUUCGUGGCGUCUCUUCACGCUGAAACUUGGCGAUACAAUAAGUUCCUAUUUUUAAAUUGUUUGACAAACACGCGGAUGCCUAUUUAUUUUGUUUCUGGCACAGUGGGUCAUGAAUCGGGUGAGAAUUAAAGCAGGGCCAGCGUCAUGAAUCCAGCGCGCGGUCUGCAGUAUAUACAACACUGAUGUUGUUGUAUGCCGUUGCAACAAAGUUGCCGUGCGCGUGGAAUUCACGCUACUGUAAUUAAACAGCCAUUUUGCACCUGUUUAAAUGAAGCAAGGCGCUUCGAUACUGUGACGCUGUGGUUUGGAUUAUAUACACGCCUCAACCUGCAUGGAUCACAUUUGUUUGUUUAUCACAUUACGGAGCUUAACAUCCAAGGUCAUACUGUGAAUUGUUUACAGGCUUCAGUAUUAUAUGGGUGUGUUUUAUUGAUUGUGUGGAAUCGACUGGUUUUUACGUGAUCGACUGUCAUUUUUUCUUUUUUCUUUUUACGGGGGGGCGGGGGGAGGACAUCGCACCGUUUUUAAAAUGGAAGGGAAAGUGAAGCAGAGUCGCAGAUCCCGUUCGCAGCGCGAGAGGGGACGGAAACGGGAGGCACGCGUCGGGGAAGCCCGCAAUCGAAGCCCCUCGUCUGGUUCCGAACGGGAGCGAAGUCCCGGUAAAAACGCUCCGCCACGCUCGACAUCCUCGAGCAGAACCCCGCGACCCCCCCGGAGGAAGAGACGAGAGUCUAGUUCUCAGGAAGAGGAUAUUAUUGAUGGAUUUGCUAUAGCCAGUUUCGUCAGUUUGGACCGUCUCGAGAAUAAGAAUGUUUCGGUUAAACUGGAAAAGAAGAAAUGGGAGGAUAUUGUAGUUAAACGACAGAAGGAGGCCGAGGAGAGUGUAACCCCUGACAUGGACGAAAAUGGGUUCUGCAAUCUGGCCACCAGCGUGGGGCGAGACCAAGAGCGGGUGAAAGAUCGUCUGCUGAAGAACACAUACUCCAAGAAGAGCAAACGAUCUGUGAGUCUUCUGAGCCCGGCUGGGAGGAAAAUGGAGGAGACGGAGGUGAACACAGCACCCAGGAACAGCUCUAAAGAUCGACUCAGUGAGAGCUCCACUCACUCUCUGUCAGGACGAGGGUACUCGUGUGACAGCGAGAGUGACAUCGAUGACAAGACGAAGGAAAGUCAUAUGGUUUGGAAUGACACAAGGGCAUCUGAUGUAGGAUCAGAGAAGCUUUUCUCGCCUACUGCACCUAAAGUUACGCCAACGAAUGAGAAUCUUGGGUCCAAAACUUCCAGCUCGACCAAAGUGUCUGGUCUUCAGCGUAGCCAGGAACAGAGUAACGACGUUUCGUUUGUCCCGCCGAUCUCAAGUCCGACUCCUGCGUCGCCCCCUACGGGGUCUCCUGCCCCUGCUGCGGCGGCAGCCCCCCCGCCUAGACCGCACCCUAUCUCCCCAAACCCUCUCAGUAUCAAGAAGGAAUCUGUGCCCCCAAUCCCCACCCCUCCCCUUCUGAGGAACCAAUCACAUUCACUGGAGCACAGACUCCCUCCCCCGUCGCACCACAGCCGGCCAAUCAUCAGUCAUCAUCAUCAUCCUUCGCCUUACAGCAGUCUUCACGACAUCAGCAACAACCCUUCCACUCUUCCUCCCAAACACCACCUGCCUCACUCCCCUCAUCAUCUCAGCGGCCUCCCGUCUCCUGCUCCUCCUCUUCCUCUCUCCAUAGCCGGUCUGCCUUCCUCCCACUACUCCCUUCACUCGCCCUCUCACAUCUCCAGCCAUCCGGCCAUGUUCGCCACCCCUGCUACACUGCCUCCUCCGCCCACCCUACCGACCAACAGCCUGGUGGUGCCAGGACACCCUGCCGGACCACCCUAUCCAGAUUUUUCAAGAGCGAGGCGAGAUGGGGCACGCUUCAGAGAGCAUGAUCUUCUGCGGCAGGAGCUGAACAACCGCUUCCUGGUUCAGAGCUCGGAGCGAGGUCGGGGGUCGGCUCCAGGGGCGACAGGGUCGCCGUUGGCCCCUGUGUCGCUCCUCCGGGCCGAGUUUCACCAACAUCAGCAUAUGCACCAGCACCAACACACGCAUCAGCACACCUUCACGCCCUUCCCUGCCAGUCUGCCCCCGGCAGCCAUCAUUGGGCCGCCCACUGCACCUCCCAUGGUGCGUACCCCAGCCAGAAAUUUCGACAAGUACGCCCCAAAGCUGGACAAUCCUUUCUUGAGACAUUCAAAUUUCUUUCCCUCCUACCCGCCAACAAUGCCGGGCAUGCCUCCAUUGCUUCCACAUUCAGGGCCCUUCAGUUCACUGCAAGGCGCCUUCCAGCCAAAGGCCUCAAACCCUAUUGAUGUUGCAGCAAGACCAGGAACGGUCCCCCACACUCUCCUUCAGAAGGACCCGAGGAUAACAGAUCCUUUUAGGACUUCAGUAAGAAAGCCAGGUAAAUGGUGUGCAGUGCAUGUUCAAAUCGCCUGGCAGAUCUACCACCAUCAGCAGAAGAUGAAAAUGCACUUGGACCCGCAUAAACUGGACAUGAAUGGAAAACUUGAUCUAUUCAGCCGUCCUCCAGCUCCAGGCGUGUUCCCUGGGUUUCCCUACCCUCAUGACCUGGCCAGACCCCUCUUCUCAUCAACAGGAUCGGGACAUCCAGCUGCUUCGCCCUAUGGACCAUCUCCUCACCACGCUGGUUUCCUGCCUCCUAGCCAUUUGGCAGGUAAGUAUCCAUUCAGUCGCUCCAGUACCUUUGGCGGCCUCAGCAACCUUUCAAGCAGUGCCUUCGGUGGAUUAGGCAACCCAGCCCUCGGGGCCAACAGUGUGUUUGGACCCAAAGAGGGUCCAGGGCUGCAUGGUCUCAGUAGUCCUCAUCACGACACCUGGAAUCGGCUGCACCGGACACCGCCCUCCUUCCCGACCCCUCCACAGUGGCCCAAAUCUGCAGAUGCAGAAAGAAGCAGCUCUGCAAACAGCCACGAUAGAGAUAGAGACCGGGAGCGAGAGAAAGAAAAAGAAAGGGAAAGAGAAAAAAGGGACUCUUCUGUUGGGAAAGAGGAGAAAGAAAAAGACAGAGACUCUUUAGAUCGUAAUCGCCAUUCAAACCGCUCCUCUCCAGCUUCCGCUCCAGUUAGCUACCAGAUCAGCAGCCUGAUCCGCUCAAAUAGCCAGAACUCGACCGACUCUGGCAGACACCGCAGUGGCAGUGCCGACCGCAACCGAGAGCCUGAGAAAGAGCAUUUGGAGCGCCAGCGAGAGGCAGGCAUUUUAGGAGACGUAAAGGUGAAGGAAAGUCGUUCUCCAGGGAAGGAGAUCACAGACAGACGUUCCUCAGAUGACUCUCUCAAAUCCAUUCACCGAUCGCCCUCUCCUUACUCGAAAAAUGUCCUUAAUGAUGCAGGAAUCAAGAUGGGUAUCCCACAACCGCUACCGAUUAAAGAAAGUGAGAGGGAUCGAAAGGAAACCAGCUCAGGGGAUCUGCUACACAAGGUGAAGAACGACAUGAAAAUCAAGGAGGAACGCAAGGAAGAGCAGGACGUGAUGGUGAUUGGAUCUGAAGCUGCCACUAAGCCUCAAGUCCCUCCUCCACCUCAUCAAACCACACCAAUAGCUCAUCACCACCAUGCACUAUCCCAACAGCCUCCUCCGCCAUCUCCUCGCUGUAGCGACCCUCCGACACAGGCCUCGCUUCACGGAGUCCCCAUGCCGCACUCGCUGCCGCUCACUCUUAGUGCCAUGCAUCAAAUGGGGAGUCUGAAUGCGCUUGAACGCACCCGCAUGGCACCUUUUAUGGGAGUCAGCCCUCUUGCAGCAGGUCGAGACCGCCUUCCACAUCCGGCGUUCUCCUGGGAUCCUCUACGAGAGGCUUACCGAAACCUCGACCUACAGCGGCGCAUGGACUUCCAGCUUCGCUCUGAACCUGGACACCGGUUCCCUGGCAUCUAUGAUCCAGAACGGCCCUAUCGGGAUCGGGAGCCACAUGACUACUCGCACCAUGAGCACCUGCUGGAAGUUCGGCGGGAACAGGAGAGACUGAGACAACAGGCUGAAGAAAGGGAACGGUUGCAUUUACGGGAGGAACUGGAUCGGGCAAGGCUUCACCAACUUCAUCAGUCGCCCAUCGAAGGACACUUACCCCACAUGCCACCAUUUAUGUCGCACCUUGGCGGGAUGCCGUACCCAAGGCUUAGCCCUUCAACAGGACAUAACGGACUUCUUAACCGGACACCCCCAACUGCAGCACUAAGUGCCCCACCACCUCUGGUACCCUCUGGUGCUGCCAGAUCAGCGUCGCCAAGACGGACUACGCCAAUCACCACCCAGGACCCUCGGGAGUACUCACCGUCACGCAACCCCAAAGAAGUGGAGGCACGGUAACAUACUAGGAAGGAAAAUGCCUCACUUGAAUUGGACACAGGCAACAUGCACUUAUUUUCACACAAAGUAGAGUAAAUGAUAAAUAAAUAUGUGUAAUUUGUACAAAGAUUUGUACCUUGGAACAAGCACAUCAACCGGCUUUUUUAAUUGAUUGGAGUAGAAGAAAUGAGUUGGUAGCUCCAACUCUUGGUAGCUCCGAAUAUAAGACAUAAACGUGAACUACCAAACAGAAAUUUGAUAUUAAUAUAUUAAUCCAAUGCCUUUUCAGUUUUCAAGUGAAAAGACAUUCUGAAAUUUGUUUGUACAUUUCCUAUCCUUCAUGUACAGACAUUUUUUUUUAUGUAUUUGCAUUAAGUUUCAUUCGUUCCCUGCCCUGUAUUUAUCCUAGUGAGCUGCCUGAUAUGGAUGUCUACAUAUCUGAAUUGGUAUGAACUCACUGUUUGACAGUUGAUUUGCUCUAUGGUACCUGGAGAUAUUCAGUGCUGACCAUGUACAAAGUUACAUUUCGGAGGUUUUUUUUUUUUGAGAUAUGCAGACAAAUAUGCAUUACAAUAUUCUUGUUUGGUUUAUGUAAAGUUUAAAGAUAUUGUAAAUAUCUUGUUGAUAUUAUUCGGAACGAAAUGACAUUGUACAUUUGUUAGGCUUUUUAAAUGUUUCUAAAAAACAAUGAAAUUAAACAGAACCACUUCCAGGUUGAGAACCAUGGUGACGGAGCUGUCCAAUCAAAUGGGGUUAAGGUCAUGGCGAUGCAAUCUAUGCAAAGAGGAUUAAGAGAGUUCUGAUUGGACGGUUGUCAAAAUGGAGUUCUAAAGUGAGAACCUGGAUACCUGUUAUUCAUUUGUCCAAUUAAGAGCCAAUGAAACAAACAGCUAUAAACUUCCGGGUCAUAAAGGAACUGCUUUAGCAGUUAACACUUCUCCAGCCACAGAACCUGGACAUCUGGGAAACAUAUUGGAAUGGUUGGGGUGGCAAUAGACUCUUUCUGUCGACCUUGUGGUGUUGUGCAGUUGUUUUUCUUAGACUCUUGUAUACAAAACAAGUAGAGCUUUAGGCGUGAAAAAAUGAAAAUGAACAUUCAUGGUUUAAAAAUGUAUGGAAUAAAGGUUGGACCUUAUAUCUGCA